AUGCUGCUCAUAUGUGACAACAUGGAGAUGCGCUGCAUUUUGAGGUCGCUCCUCUCCAGAGAUACACUACGAGACACAGCACCAUAUGCGCCUACCACUCGGUUCCAGAGCUUUGCGCCGCCGCUCAAGACUUCUCCAUCCCGUCUAUCGGCGUGCACCGCUAGACGGGACAGCAGGCCUCCUCUACGGGAGAGAGGCGAUAAGGUUUUUGGGCAGCGUUCUACCGCGACUGCUGGCUUCAACAUCGACACGGAGGCCGACGACUACUUCCCCAACGACGACUUCUUCCCCGACAUCAGCAACCUCUUCAGCGACAUGGCUCUCAACAGCGACAACGGCAACGCUGGUUCCUCUUCUGCACCGCAUUAUUCCCCGGUUAGCUUUGCUUCAUCUCUUAAGCCUCCUCCUUUCGAGGGCGUGAAUUACAAGAGGUGGCGUGCGAGAGCUAUUCUCUGGCUUACAACCAUGAGAUGCUUUGACGCCACUAAGGGCAAGCCUGAAGGAGAGCUUACUCCCCUCGAGGAGAAAGCUUUUAAGGAUACCAACACCCUUCUGAGGGGUGCUAUCAUCAGCGUUCUUGGCGAGAACAUUGUUGACUCGUAUUUGUCCAUCUCUACGGGCAAGGAUAUGUGGAACGCAAUCGAGGCCAAGUUUGGGGUCUCCGAUGCGGGCAGUGAACUGUAUGUCAUGGAACAAUUUUAUGACUUCAAGAUGACUAAUGAGCGCUCCAUCGUUGAGCAGGCUCAUGAGAUACAGUCCAUUGCUAAGGAACUUGAGCAGUUCACUUGUGUGUUGCCAGACAAGUUUAUUGCCGGAGGUAUCAUUGCCAAGCUUCCUCCUUCAUGGAGGAAUUUUGCUACUUCUCUAAAGCACAAAAGACAAGAGUUCUCCACUACGGAUCUCAUUGGGUCUCUUGACGUGGAAGAAAAGGAAAGGGCAAAAGACACACGUACUCGAGGUGUUGAGGGAGGUUCUAGUGCCAACUUGGUACAGAAGAAGAACUUCCAAUCCUACAAGUCCAAGAACAAGAACAAGUAUGAUGGCAAAGAAAAAUUUGAUGGGAAGAACAAGGCCUCACAGUCUACCAAUUUCAAAAGGAAGACCGAUAAGAAGAAAGGAGUAUGCCACGUCUGUGGUGAUCCUGAUCAUUGGGCUCCCAAUUGCUCAAACCGCUUUGCCAAGCGUCAGCAAGGAAAGGGCGGCAAGACGGCCAAUGUUGUCAUUGGAGACACUGAGAUGAAGGAUGCUGGGUCGCAGGGACUUCCUCCGUGUUGAUGGGCAACGGCUCGCAUGCUACUGUUCGUGGUGUUGGUACG